GGAGUGUCAUUCAAGUCUGGAACGGCGUGUAGAGCGGUCGCGUUUGGUCUGCCCAGUUAUCGCUUAAGUGUUUGUUCUCUCUCUCUCUUCGUGUCGCUGUAUUGUUGUGAUCACAACUACAAACUAAUCCGCGAUGAGAGCGGACGAGGAUCAUCUGUACAGGGAGCAACUUCCGAGCGUCGGCUCUCUACUCAGGGACAGUGGAAGGAAGCUGUGUCGCCCGUCGACCAUCACGAACAAGUUUCCCAUCCUCCAAUGGCUGCCACGCUACCGCAUGGAGUACUCGAUGCAGGAUUUCAUAGCCGGUUUCACCGUGGGACUCACUACCAUACCACAGGCCAUUGCCUAUGGUGAGGUGGCUGGCUUGGAGCCGCAAUACGGCCUGUACUCGGCCUUCAUGGGCUGCUUCACCUACAUUGUGUUUGGCUCCUGCAAGGAUGUCACAAUCGCCACAACUGCAAUCAUGGCUCUGAUGGUGAACCAAUAUGCGACCAUUAGUCCGGACUACGCGGUGCUCGUGUGCUUCCUGGCCGGCUGCAUCGUGCUCGUCCUGGGCCUGCUCAACAUGGGAGUCCUGGUGCGCUUUAUCUCGAUACCAGUCAUCACGGGUUUCACCAUGGCAGCGGCCACCACCAUCGGCAGUGCUCAGAUCAACAAUAUAGUCGGACUCAGCAGUCAAUCGAAAGAUUUGCUGCCGUCCUGGAAGAAUUUCUUCACCCACUUGCCUUCGAUUAGGAAAUGGGAUGCACUGCUGGGUGUGUCUUCGCUCGUUUUCCUGCUGCUCAUGAAGCAUGUGAAGGACAUCAAGUGGGGCAACCGCAUCUUCUGGAAGUACCUGGCUCUCUCGCGCAACGCCUUGGCCGUGAUCUUUGGCACAUUCCUGGCCUACAUACUCAGCCGCGAUGGCAACCAGCCCUUCCGUGUCACCGGGAACAUCACAGCGGGUGUGCCACCCUUCCGUCUGCCGCCCUUCAGCACCACCGUUAAUGGAGAGUACGUGUCCUUUGGAGAAAUGAUCAGCACAGUGGGCGCCUCGCUGGGCUCCAUUCCGCUGAUAUCGAUUUUGGAAAUUGUGGCCAUAUCCAAGGCAUUUUCAAAGGGCAAAAUUGUGGAUGCAUCGCAGGAGAUGGUGGCCCUGGGCAUGUGCAAUAUAAUGGGCAGCUUCGUGCUCUCCAUGCCGGUGACGGGUUCAUUCACGCGCACAGCGGUCAACAAUGCCAGCGGAGUGAAGACGCCUCUGGGAGGAGCCGUCACGGGUGCACUCGUGCUCAUGGCAUUGGCCUUUCUCACGCAAACCUUUUACUUCAUACCCAAGUGCACGCUGGCAUCCAUCAUCAUAGCGGCCAUGAUAUCGCUGGUGGAGCUGCACAAGAUUGCGGACAUGUGGAAGUCAAAGAAGAAAGAUCUAUUCCCGUUUGUGGUGACAAUUAUUACGUGCAUGUUUUGGAGCCUGGAGUAUGGCAUUCUCUGCGGCAUUGCCGCCAAUAUGGUUUACAUUCUCUACAGCAGUGCGCGUCCACAGGUCUACGUACGAUUGGAGAAGAUAAAUGGCCACGAGGUGAGUGUGGUGGAUGUCAAGCAAAAGCUGGAUUAUGCCUCAGCGGAGUACCUUAAAGAGAAGGUGGUUCGCUUCCUGAACCAACAGAAUGGCGAAACGAGUCUGGUUGUGAUCAAGGGCGAGGAGAUCAACUCCAUUGACUACACAGUCGCCAUGAAUAUUGUCUCCCUCAAGGGUGAUUUGGAUGCCCUCAAUUGUGGUCUCAUCUGCUGGAAGUGGAACUUUGCCUCCGCUGGCGUUGUUUGCCGCCUGAAGAACGACAUUCGGCCCAUCUUCAAGUUUGAUCUGACACUCGAGGAGCUGGUGGCCUCCCACUACGAUACGCCAUCCAACUCAGCCUCGACUGUGUCGAUUGAAGCCUAACUACCCUCUAAGCUCCUCAGACAGUAUUUGCCUCAGAACAGACCUGUUAAUUACUUAAUGCUGUAAUAGAAAAUAAGAUGCAUGCUCUACACUGGC